GGACAAUGACUUCAAACAGGGACAAAAUUGUAAAUUUAAUUAACCUCCGUUUCCUCCAAGAUACUCUGAUUCUUCAGUCUUAAUUUCUGCAAUUUUGAUGUUUCUGGAGAAAGUGGGAGAAAGAAAUGGAGAGAGCGAGGAUGUUAAUGAAGGUGGUCAGUCUGCUGUGUCUAGUGGUACUAAGCAACGCGAUCGAGUCGCCGAAAUAUGAGGUGGUACACUCAGAAUCGGAUUUCGAUGUCAGACUUUACACAGAAUCCACGUGGAUGUCUGCCCCCGUUCGUGAACUCUCCUUCGAGAAGGCCACCUUGUUUGGCUUUCACAGGUUGUUCCAGUUCAUCGAAGGUGCCAAUCUUAACUACUCUCGGAUUCCUAUGACAUCCCCUGUUGUGACAAGCAUUGUUCCUGGAGCUGGCCCCCUUCAUUCAUCUGCCUAUGUUGUCAGAUUUUACUUGCCUGUGAAGUUCCAAGCUGACCCACCAACUCCCCUGCCUGAACUUCAUUUGAAGCCUUAUGUAUGGGACAGUCGCUGUGUUGCUGUAAGGAAGUUCUCUGGAUUUGCAAAGGAUGAAAACAUUGUGCGUGAGGCCGAGAAACUUGCCAUCAGCUUGAGGAGGUCUCCUUGGGCUAACGGUACUUCUUCUGACAGUGAUUAUGCUUACUCCAUUGCACAAUAUAGUUCUCCUUUCCAGUUCAUUGGUCGCGUUAAUGAAAUCUGGGUAGAUAUUGAUGCAUCCGGAAUAGACGCCUGUAAACCCGGUAAUAUAGCUGCAUACUGAAAUAUUGCAGAAUAAGUAGCAUAUCAGUAUCGGUCUCUACUUAUAUGUGCCUGAAAGAAAAUUGAAUACUAUAUCCCUAAUUUUACUAUCUUUGUGUAUAUAUUAUGGAAAUAGAUGGUACUUUGUAUUUUAGUCAGACAUUGAUAUCUAUGGGAAAUAUUAUAAGUAGUUCAU